UAUCUGUGACGUGGUUCGGAGUUACGCUAGUUAGCUGUUGUUGUUGCUGCUAGUAUCGUCGGUAGUCAACAUUUCAAAGUCCAGGCCCAAACCUUCCAUGUCUGAACCCAAGUCCACAGAGUCCCCAGCUUCUGGCUGUGGUGUUCCAGCCCAGAGAAGCUCACAGCAGGGUCCAGAGAUGGUCUCAGUGAAGCUGGAGGACUGCAGUCAAACACUGGAACUUAAUGUGAUUGUCAAAGAAGAGCUAGAAGUCCUAGAGGAAGAGAUGGCUGUCAAAGAGGAGGAGGCAGAGGAGGAGAGAGCAGUCGGAGAGGAGGAGAGAGCAGUCGGAGAGGAGGAGAGAGCAGUCGGAGAGGAGGAGAGAGCAGUCGGGGAGGUGGUGGUGGAGAGAGCAGUCGGAGAGGAGGAGAGAGCAGUCGGGGAGGUGGUGGUGGAGAGAGCAGUCGGAGAGGAGGAGAGAGCAGUUAGAGAGGAGGUGGAGGAGAGAGCAGUCGGAGAGGAGGAGAGAGCAGUCGGAGAGGUGGUGGUGGAGAGAGCAGUCAAAGAGGAAGAGGAGGAGAGAGCAGUCAGGGAGGUGGUGGUGGAGAGAGCAGUCAAAGAGGAAGAGGAGGAGAGAGCAGUCAGGGAGGUGGUGGUGGAGAGAGCAGUCAAAGAGGAAGAGGAGGAGAGAGCAGUCAAAGAGGAAGAGGAGGAGAGAGCAGUCAAAGAGGUGGUGGUGGAGAGAGCAGUCAAAGAGGAAGAGGAGGGGGAGAGGGCAGUCAAAGAGGAAGAGGGGAGAGGAGUCAAAGAGGAAGAGGAGAGAGGAGUCAAAGAGGAAGAGGAGAGCGCUGUCAAAGAGGAGGAGGAGGAGGAUAGCAGAGAAGUGUCUGAUCCAGAUCUGGAGGAAGAAGUAGAUAGUAUCACUGACCCAGGAGAGAUCUCCAACCCAGGUUCAGACAGUGAGCCCAGUUCCACAGCAUCAGGAAACCAUAAACAACACAGACGGAGGAACUCAAGACAGAAACAUCACCACUGCAUGGACUGCUUCACUAGUUUCUAUGAGCCAGAGGAGUUGAGAAGGCACACUUGUAGACCCCGCCCCUGCUCAGAUUGCAGUGGCAGUUUUGUGUGUCCAACUCACCUCAUACCACGCAAUAAGACCCUCAAAAGAAAGAAAACGUACCCGUGUGGUCAAUGUGGGAAGAGGUUUCAGACACCAAGCAGCUUGAAGACGCACCAGCUUACUCACACAGGAAAGAAGUCAUACCACUGCUCCCAGUGUAGGAAGACAUUCAGUUGUUCGUUCAAUUUGAAGAGGCAUCAGAGAAUACAUACAGGAGAGAAGCCUUUCCACUGCUUCCAAUGUGGGAAGAGCUUCCGUAUGGAAGGACAGCUAAACGAACACAAGAGAAUACACACAGGAGAGAAGCCGUACCACUGCUUUCAGUGUGGGAAGAGCUUUGGUCGGGCAGGAGCUCUAAAGGCACACCAGCUAAUUCACACAGGAGAGAAGCCGUACCACUGCUCUCAGUGUGGGAAGAGCUUCAGUCAGGCAGGACACCUGAAGACACACCAUCGAACUCACUCGGGAGAGAAGCCAUACCAAUGCUCUGUUUGUGAGAUGAGUUUUCCUCUUUUACAGACCUUAAAUAGACACCAGCUUACUCACACAAGAAAGAUGCCUUAUCACUGCUCCCAGUGUGGGAAGAGCUUCAGUCAAACAGGAAGCCUGAGGGCACACCAGUUAACUCACACAAUAAAUAAGCCUUACCACUGCCUUCAAUGUGGAAAGAGUUUCAGUCAUUCAUCAAAUGUGACGGCCCACCAGUUAACUCACACAGGAGAGAAGAAUUACCACUGCACUCAGUGUGGGAAGAGCUUCAGUCUGGCAAGAUACCUGAAGAAACAUUGUCAAACGCACACAGGAGAGAAGCCUUACCACUGCCCUCAGUGUGGGAAGAGUUUCCGUCAGUCAUCACAUCUGAGGGCACACAAGUUAACUCACACAGGAGAGAAGCCCUGUACCACUUAUCCCAGUGUGGGAAGAUCUUCAGGCAGACAGCAGACUUAGAGAGACACCAGCUAAACGUGGACACGUUUUUAUCCGGAUCUACAGGCUCCAGAUCAGAUCCCGGCCCAUUGACUGUUCCUAGGCCGUCAUUGAAAAUAAGAAUUUGUUCUUAACUGACUUGCCUAGUUAAAUAGAGGUAAAAAAAAAUAAAAAAAAAUAUAUAUAUAUAAUUAUUUUUUUUCUUCAAAUCUGAGUAAAACGGAGCGCGGCAGCCCGUGAAGUGGUCAUAUCUACCUGAUUCCAGGUUGAUGGCUCUCGCUUUCUCCGCUCUACAGGCUCUUAUGACCGUCACAAUAAUAAAUAUAAAUAAAUAUAUCCCAUUUUUAAUUUAACAUGUUGAAUAUAUUGGGCCUCAAAUCAGCCAUUAUUGCUGAGUGCGAGCAGUGCUCAGAGCACCUAUGAGGCACGUCCCACCGUCAGCCAAUCAGCUCCUCAGAACUAUAAAGGGUCUCUACCACACAAGUUCAUAACAAUGGCACCAAAAAAAAAAAAAAGGAAACAAGGCAGGAUGUACUCUUGUUCCUAUGGUGACUCGGUAGCUAGCUCAAGCUGGCUAAUGUUACCCUCAUCUCAUGCUCUUCAAGGACUUUGUGACUGUGUUAUCUAGUGGGAAGCCGUUAUGUUGUGUUCUAACUGGUCUCCAGUCGUUGAGCUCUAGCAUGCCGACCAUAACUGUGCAUUGGCUAGGCUAAUAGCUAACGUUAGCUGGCUGACUCGCUUGCUGGCUAAGAUAAUUGUGUAACGGAUGUGAAACGGCUAGCUUAGUUUGUGGAGCGAUGGGUAACGACGCUUCGAGGGUGUCAGUUGUUGAUGUGUGCAGAGGGUCCCUGGUUCGCGCCCGGGUUAUACUGUUACAAUUGCAUAUAGCAAACCUUUUCCGAUAAUUGGUUAGAUGGAAGGGCUGGAUAUUGAUGCACGGACCGGUUUGGGUUUUACUUUAGAUUCUAUGUCGGCCGUCAAUGUAAUUAAGAAUUUGUUUUUAUUGGACUUGCCUAGUUAAAGAUUUUAAUUUUUUAUAAAUAUAACGGUAUUUGAAUGUUUGGUUUGUUAAAUGUGAUAUGCGGUGUGUAACGUUCAUUUUGAUCGCUUACUCUGCUACUUGAGUCAUCUCUCUCUGCUCUCCCUCUCUCUCUAUGCCUCGUUGCCACACAGACCGAGCCCCGCCCCUUUCAUUCAAGGAGCUCACGUGUUGGUUCUGGACCACCAGACACGUGCGUUCAGUCUGCAUGGUCAAUGCAGCACACGCAACAAUAUCAAUACACUUCUAGAAUGUACCCUUCCUUUGGUUUCUUACGUCUGCAAACAGCUAGUUUGUCUUUUCUUAGCGAGUUGUUCUAUAUCGUGUUAGCCGCUAGCUAGAUAAUAGAUGUACCGAGUCAGAGCAAAGAUAGCUAGUUAUACAACCUGAUACCAGUGAUGGUGGAGGCCUAAAACAGCAUGUUUGUGAAACAGUAUCUUCUAAACCAAUAAGAUCAGGAGAAGCAUGAAUAUGUUAGCUACAUGAAGUAGCUCCUCCCUGGCAUUUUCAUUUGUUGUCAUGCCAACCAACACUGUAUUCAAAAUUCCCACUUAUUUAUAUUCUAUUUCCAUGAUUUCAACGGUUCCCCCAAGUGUUUUGAUCUUAAUUAGAAGUCAAAUCGCAAUUACAUUUGGUAAAAAUAAAUCCUUGAUUUUUUGGGGGGGCCAAUAUUGUGCAGCCCUGCGUGGCAGUGUGAAAAUAAUCACAAAUGAGUGCAGGAAAUAAAGAAAUUGAUGGAAAUGUAGGAAAUUGUAUUUGCUUAAAGUUGAUUUGUACAAUAUAAAACAAUAAGAAUGGAGAAAGAAUUUUGUAUUAUUCAAAAACCUAAA